GUGCUUGCGUCUGAAAACGUCACUUGCGUAACGGUGACAGAUAAACAUGGCAGCGUCCUUCCAUCGCCUCACGGCUGCUGGGAGACAUCUUCUCCAGAGACGUUUCCUAAAGACUGAUUCUCUAAGCCGGCUCCCCGCGGGACUGCGCAGACCCUUGGCCACCCAGGCUGCGCACCAGGUGGCCCUGAACGUGCCUGAGACCAAGGUGACCACUUUGGAAAACGGCCUCCGGGUGGCGUCCGAGGACGCUGGGCUCACCACCUGCACGGUGGGACUCUGGAUCGACGCCGGCAGUCGCUACGAGAACGAGAGGAAUAACGGCACCGCACAUUUCCUGGAACACAUGGCCUUUAAGGAUGGUCCUGCCCAGGGCUGUGGACUGGUACGCCGUAGCGUGCAGGUAAUCAAAAACCACUUCCUGCAGGUUGGUCUCUACUUCCUGCAUCUCUCGGAGGAUCACCCCUCGCUCCCUCUCGAUCUCGGCCUCGCCCAGCGUGCUGUUCUGGAUGAUGUGGGCCCCCAUGUUCUCGAUCUCCAGCUCCAGAUCCAGCUGGGAGCGCUUCCUGGUCCCCUGUCACAGAAACACAGGGGGACAGAUUAUGAGGGCCCUGACAUCCAUUUAGAGUGUGUGUGUCUCCCUCUCUCUCUCUCUCUCUCUCUCUCUCCAGGGGUUUCCCACGACCAGCUGGUCGAUUUGGCCCAGCAUCAUUUUGGAAAGCUUCCCUCCACGUACCGCGGCGAAGCCCCGGCCCUUCCUCCGUGCCACUUCACGGGAAGCGAGAUCCGCGUGCGGGACGACAAGAUGCCCCUGGCCCACAUCGCCGUGGCCGUGGAGGCCGUCGGGUGGCCCCACCCCGACACCGUCCCGCUCAUGGUGGCCAACACGCUCAUCGGGAACUGGGACCGGUCCUUUGGCGGAGGAGUGAACCUGUCCAGUAAACUGGCUCAGGUGGCCUGUCGGGGGAACCUGUGCCACAGCUUCCAGUCCUUCAACACCUGCUACACGGACACGGGCCUGUGGGGCCUCUACAUGGUCUGCGAGCCCGGCACCGUGGACGAGAUGAUGCGCUACGCUCUGAUGGAAUGGAUGUCCCUCUGUGCCGGCGUGACGGAAAGCGAGGUGGCGCGGGCCAAGAAUCUCCUCAAGACCAACAUGCUCCUGCAUCUCGACGGAUCCACCCCCGUCUGCGAGGACAUCGGCAGACAGAUGCUGUGCUACGGACGCAGGAUCCCUCUGCACGAGCUGGAAGCCAGGAUCGAGGCCGUCGACGCCGAGACCGUCAAGGACGUGUGUACCAAGUACAUCUACAACAGGGCUCCCGCCAUCGCGGCUGUCGGUCCCGUGGAGCGGCUGCCGGACUACGACGCCGUCCGCAGCGGGAUGUUCUGGAUGAGGACCUGACCGGCGGACCGGCUCCGAGGACAAACUGCACACGCACACACGGCUGACAUAUUUAUGCAUCUUCUUUAAUACAAAAUAAAGACCAACACAACAAUGUUAAAAUAACAGAUA